GCCUCAUCUUUCAGAGCCCGGCAACCAAUAUUGGAGAGAGAUUUGAGGAACGAAAGAAACAAUAAACAUCCCCAAUACAGUUUCUUACAAUAAUUGCAACAAUUUUCCUUUCAAGGAAGCGAUACAAACUUUACGACUUCUUAUUUUUCCCAUUUCUAUUUUGCGCUUUCAAAUUACAUAUUGAAGUACUUUUGAAUGAGGACUUCAAUGACUUUGCUGCGCUGAAUUUUGGUUUUCCUUUUCAAACCCCCAAAAGUAUUCAUCUACCUCUCGUACCCAUACCUUAAAAAGGAAGAGUCUCCUUCAUCGGUAACACACAUACUAUUUGCGAUCGCGACGCGAAAAAAGGAAAUUCAAAAAAAACUUUGAACCGCGAGACUACGUGAUGGCCUCGACCAACGGGAUUCUCAGUCCCCCCACUCAACCGCAUUUAGACAUUACACUAUCAGCGAAACGAAAACGCGACGAUAACAUUGAUCAGCCCGCUCUCAUAAAUGGCAUCACUAACGAAUCCAAAAUCGCAAUUACAGAAGAACCGGCGACGAUAGAUACACAAGGACUUGUUCAGGAUUUGAUUGAUGUUCUGAGAAGGUGAGUUUGACAUUGGCAGGAACCUUCCCACUCUGCUCAGAAGAGAUAGUCCCCUUGUAUAGCAUAGCAUAGCAUGGCAUAGCAUCAAUCCAACUCAAUCUUUUUUACUGAUCUGAAAUCCCUAGUCAUGACCCCUCGCCCUCGAUCUUAACACGACCCCUUCCUGAACCAACCCCAUCGAUCGAACCUCAAGCCAAGAGACAAAAGUCAGAUGGCCCGACUGACUCGCCGACUAUUCUCUCACGCGCGUCGGCAAAUAAAUAUCUCACUAUCGAUGAGGUUCUCAAAGAUAUUGAUACUGCGGCAUCCGAUAUUAUAGAGAGGCUACAGUUAUCCAAUGGCGCGAAUCGCAAUCAAUACAUACCUGUUCCCGCUGGACAGUCGGAACUAUCUGCCAAGAUUUUGGCCUUCAAGAAGAAGGCUCAUGAGCUUGUGCGCAGAGAAAAGGCUAACAUAGGACUACAAGCAAAGGCAAACAGCAACCCGGUGAUCAAUUCUAGUAGUUACUUGGUAAACAGGAAUUUUGGGUCCAAUGCUAAUGCGCCAGUCACUGCUACAUCGGAAGAUAGCAAAGUGGUUCUUACGCUCUACGGCAACGCACCGCAACCGAAACAACUAUUCUCUAGCUUACAGAUUCCAAUACAUAUUGAUGGAGAGUCAAUUUCUCAGCCUCUCCGCGAAGCCGGCCUACCAAAUGGGAUUACAACAACAAAAAUUGUUCCCAUGCAGCCCACGAGCUUGGUUGAUGAUAAGAAACGUUCCCAGACUCUAGGGGAGCUAUUCCCAACACCUCCAAACAUUCACCCCUUGAAACCUCCCAAGCUUUCCAAGAGCUCAUUGCCGACAUCAAUUGAAGGAUGGCACCAGCCAUUAGUUGCCGAUCCACGAAGCAAUAUCUACUCGAAGCAACCAGUUACUACUGGACAAUGGCUUGAUUAUAGCAAUACGUCAUCGCUCAGUCCAGAACGAAAACGCAUUAGAGGCGCAACCUCUAACGAAGAUGCUGAAGCGGAGCUUGACUCGAACGAAGUUGAUGCUGCCAAGUUGGAUGCUUUGUUUCGGAGUGCAUAUUCAGGAUUUGCGCCAACCAAAGAUGAUUCAAAAGCUAUCACCCCGGAAAAUGUCUUGAACAAGAUCUGGUGGCAACGCGUAGGUGAAAAGCGAUGGGGUGAUAUAGUUGGAAAGGCUGAGGGGCUGAGCGAUGGCUAUCCCUCAGAGCCAAGUACUGAUAGCUUAGCCUUCACUGAUGCGGAAAUGGAAGAACUUGAGCAAGCAGUGAAAGAAUCCCCCGAUGCCUCAAUAGAUCCUAACUUGAUGUCCGCCGAACUAAAGGUGGAGAAGACCACAGAAGAAAAGGACGUUGAGGAAAUACUGCAGGAAAUCUCUGAAUUGCUGGAGACACUCAACUCAUACCAAAGGAAUCGGCAUAUGUCUAACGCUACGGGGCGUCCUGUUGGCGUGUUUGAAGCAUCUGAAACUACAUUCAUAGGGACCCCUGCAAAGCCAGGUGAUUCAGAAGUGUCUACAUAUGAGAUCCUCAAAUCGCAGUUGGCAUUGAUGGUUGCCAUGUUACCGCCAUAUGCUGUUGCGAAGUUGAAUUCCGACCAAUUGGCGGAACUCAGCAUCAGCACAAAAAUUGAAGUUCCGUUGACCGAUCAAAAAGGUGUCAUGGAGGAAGACGAGAUGGCAGCUCGUGCAAAAGUGGCGGCAAUGAGUGCAGCGUCAAAUACACGCCCCACCACUAGCUCUUCCUUACACAGAAGCUCUUCGUCUGCUGCACUUUACGGCAAUCAGUACUCGUCUUCGCGACCAGCUCCAGCCUCUACUGGACAACAUUACGCUACUGCUCAAACCCCGAUCAGACCGCCGCCAAGUAAUUUGCAGCGUCCGCCUGCUACCGCGCCUGUGCCUACUUCCUACACCCAGCGUGCACCAUCGGCUCCAUCUUAUCGUCCAGCGGCUUAUCCGGGAGCUGCCUACCCGCAUCAGUUCAGAACGCCGGGUGCGGCGGCACCGCAAUAUGCUCAAACAAACGGCCAACAGCAACAGUAUCAACACAAUACGCCAGCUGCUUCCUAUACACGCCCUCCAACUCAACCAUACCAAAAUAUUCCACAGUCUACGCCUCAAGCGGUGCGAUAUCCAAGUCAACCACCAUACACUGCGCAGCAACAGCCAAUUCAAAAUGGUGCUGCGUAUCCUCAAGCUUACGGGAAUGGAGCACACGUUGGCCGACAGAGCUCGCCUCCAAAAUCCGUGUAUAAUCAGGCAAACCAUCUUUCUCAAUCUCAGGUCCGCCCUCCAUACUCAACCACUGCCGCUCCCAUUCUACCCCCGAAUGCCACGAGACACAUGCAAGGUCCAUUAGCCCAACCACCGGUCAUGAACAGCUCCUCUCAAUCACCCCAACCUCAGCCUCAGCAGGCUUUGCCACCGCAACCACAUCACCAAAACUCCUACAGUAACAUGAGUACUUUCCUGACUUCAGGCGAGCAACAGACUAUAAUUGACCGUCAGCGCGCACAAAUUGUGCAGCAACAAGGGACGCAACAUCAAGCUAGGAACUCCGCUCAAGCAGGUUCUCUAGGAUCACCACAGCCACAAAUUAAUGCCAACAGUGCCGUUGCGGCAGGGUUAUGAAGUAAUUAAUUUUAAUGGUGUAUACGUAGGGAUCUUACUAAGACGUUCAUGUCUGGAUAAUUCAUAGGAUGGUUGGUGCAAGUAUUGGGAGGAAAGAACCUCCUUCCAAGUCGAGCAUUUUUCUUCUUCAUACUUUAUGCACACAGUACUUUAAUUUUCAUGGAUGAAUGGCGUUUAUUAGGACUGCUCAACUGAGGAUGGAGCAUGGAUGGUAGGCAAGUAAAGGGAAGCAGUCAGGAAUGGCUAGAUAGAUGGCCUAUGAUCGAUACGUGUUCUUUUGGGGAUUAUAGGGCUGUACGUACAGCUUAUGUGUUGCGGGAGACAGUGUCAAAAACGUGUGUAAGAUUAUAGAUCUU